CAGUGAGAGCGGAGCAUCUGGAGGAGAGCUGGCCGGCUGGGGAGGUGGUGGAGGACGGGGAGAGCGAAGCAGAAGGAGGAUCCGGGAGUCAGCGAAAACAAAAAAGGGGUCAGGCGUGGAACUUGGCGAAGCGGUCACUCAUUUGGCGAUGCCGUCCAACACAGUCACCGCCGCCGCCGCAUUCAAGAGCUCCGACUUCAACUGUGACACGACCGGAAAUCAAAUGAAUGAGAACUCUAGAACGGACACUGUGGUUAUUGACGAGAUGCCUUCGCUCUGCACUCCUGUCCGCAAGGUUGGACGGCCUGGCCGCAAACGCAAGCACCUCCCCGUGGAGUGUUACGGGCCAGUGGAUCAGCUGGUGGGUGUGGCUAAGCAGCACAAAGGGGUGGAGCUCCAGUCGUCUUUGCAGUCCCAGAAUGGAGAUGUUGAGAGGCAUGAGAACAAAUCGUGCCAAGGUCGCCACCCCACGCUGGACAAGAAUGCUGUGGAAAACGGGCUCCCACGCCAAUCAGGCUGUCGGGCCGAGUCGGCCUCUGAUUCAAGCCUGAGCCCAUCCCAGGACUCCGAGAAGUACGAAGAGGAGACACUGCCAACUCUGCCUCGCAAGAAACGAGGGAGACGGAAACUGGAGCGGCCGACUAAAUAUGUGGAGCACAAGGAGGACGAGGGUGGGGACUCUGCAAAGAAUGAGGGAGCUCGAGGGAGGCUCCGUGGGGGAGUGGGCUGGGAAGUCAGCCUCCGUCAAAGACCCAUGCCCAGAGUAACCUUCCAGGCCGGUGACCCUUAUUACAUUAGCAAGAGGACCAGGGAGGAGUUGCUGGCCAAGUGGAAGUUGGAGGCAGAGAAGAAGGCAAAACUGGUGUCUGUGAUGAACUCAAUGGAGGACCAUGGCGAGGUACAGUCGGAGCCUCAAAAAGACAGCUCCAUAAUCACCGUCCCAGUACUCUUUCCUCCACCGACGCCACCAACACAGCAGCAACCGCCACAGCCUCAAGCUCAACCUCAGACCAACCUCAAACCCCAGCCUUCUCCCCAGCAACAACCUCCACCAUUCCAACAGCAACAGCAGCCUACGGACCCAGCCUCUCCAACUGUUGCCACCACCCCAGAGCCCGUGUCUAUAGGGGACGGAGACAAGACCUCACCCAAGUCCACUGACACAGAGUCGGAGUACGAAGAUGGCCGAGGUUUCAGCAUUGGUGAGCUUGUGUGGGGAAAGUUACGAGGAUUCUCCUGGUGGCCCGGCCGAAUUGUAUCCUGGUUAAUGACUGGACGCAGCCGGGCGGCUGAGGGCACUAGAUGGGUCAUGUGGUUCGGUGACGGCAAGUUUUCUGUGGUCUGUGUUGAGAAACUGUUGCCUUUAAGUUCCUUCCACAACGCCUUUCACCAGCCAACCUACAAUAAACAACCAAUGUACAAGAAAGCCAUCUUUGAAGUGCUACAGGUAGCCAGCACUAGAGCAGGCAAAACCUUCCUCACAUGCCCGGAGAGUGAUGACACUGACACUUCUAAGUCAGUAGACAUGCAAAACAAACAGAUGAUUGAAUGGGCCAUGACGGGAUUUCAACCCACAGGACCUAAAGGUCUAGAGCCGCCUGAAGAGGAACGUAACCCCUACAAGGAAGUAUAUCCAGAGAUGUGGGUGGAGCCAGAGGCGGCGGCCUACACGCCCCCACCAGCAAAAAAGCCCCGCAAGAGCACAGCCACAGAGAAACCCAAGGUCAAAGACAUCAUCGACGAGCGGACUCGAGAGAGGCUUGUAUACGAAGUUCGUCAGAAAUGUAGAAACAUUGAAGACAUCUGCAUCUCCUGUGGCAGCCUUAAUGUUUCCCUGGAGCACCCACUCUUCAUUGGAGGAAUGUGCCAAAGCUGUAAGAACUGCUUCCUAGAAUGUGCGUAUCAAUACGAUGACGAUGGCUACCAGUCCUAUUGUACUAUCUGCUGUGGAGGGAGAGAAGUGCUCAUGUGCGGAAACAAUAACUGUUGCAGGUGUUUCUGUGUGGAGUGUGUGGAUCUGUUGGUGGGGCCCGGCGCGGCGCAGUCAGCUAUUAAAGAAGAUCCGUGGAACUGCUAUAUGUGUGGGCCGAAGGCUCAAUACGGCCUGCUGGAGCGCCGAGCGGAUUGGCCUUGCAGACUGCAGCACUUCUUUGCCAACAAUCACGACCAGGACUUUGAACCACCAAGGCUCUACCCUUCGGUUUUGGCAGAGAACAGAAAAGCCAUUCGCGUCCUGUCACUUUUUGAUGGGAUCGCAACAGGGCUGCUGGUUCUGAAGGAGCUGGGUAUCCAGGUGGAGCGUUACGUGGCCUCAGAAGUGUGCGAGGACUCCAUCACUGUGGGCAUCGUUCGGCACCAGGGACACAUCAUGUACGUGGGUGAUGUGAGAAACGUCACCCAUAAAAACAUUCAGGAAUGGGGUCCUUUCGAUCUCGUCAUCGGUGGAAGUCCGUGCAAUGACUUGUCAAUAGUGAAUCCUGCAAGAAAAGGUCUCUACGAGGGCACGGGUCGACUCUUCUUCGAGUUUUACCGGCUGUUACAUGAGGCCCGACCUAAAGAGCGAGAUAACAGGCCAUUCUUCUGGCUCUUUGAGAAUGUGGUGGCCAUGGGUGUCAGCGACAAGAGGGACAUCUCUCGCUUUUUAGAGUGCAACCCAGUGAUGAUCGAUGCCAAGGAGGUGUCUGCUGCCCACAGAGCUCGCUACUUUUGGGGUAACCUGCCUGGCAUGAACAGACCGUUGACCGCCAUGUGCACUGAUAAACUGGACCUUCAAGACUGUUUGGAGCAUGGCAGGACAGCUAAGUUUGAUAAAGUGCGGACCAUCACCACUCGGUCAAAUUCCAUAAAGCAGGGCAAAGACCAGCACUUCCCUGUCUUCAUGAAUGAAAAAGAGGACAUCCUGUGGUGCACUGAGAUGGAGAGGGUGUUCGGCUUCCCUGUCCAUUACACAGACGUGUCGAACAUGAGUCGUCUGGCCAGGCAGAGGCUGCUGGGAAGGUCGUGGAGCGUCCCGGUCAUCCGUCACUUGUUUGCACCACUCAAAGAGUACUUCGCCUGCAUCUGAACUCAAAUCCAGUACAGAUGAGAAAAAUCUAAACCGAUGUAAUACCAAGAGCUUCGAAAGCAAGCUCUCGUAUGUUAUUUGCAAGUUCGACAUCAGAAAAAAAAAAGUUAUUUUAUGUUUUGUUUCGGUUUUUUUCUUCUGGUUUGGAAUAAUUGACUCUUUUUUUUUAAUUCUAUUUAAUUUUUUGUAUUAUUCAUUUUACUUUUUAGCAGUGUUAUCCAGUAUUUGAUUUAUGUGUGCAAGCUAUACUUGAGACAUGGCCUCCUUUUAAGGCACUGAGAGACGAUGUAACAAUUCGAGGCAGAAACGAGAAAUUAGUUGAGACGGAAAUCGCAUUCAGUUCGCCUCCUGAGUUUUUCGACUGUCGGGUCGCGGAUCGAUCUAAUUCUCGCGGUGCGCGUCUGAGCCUUGAAAAAAAAGUUUUCUCUUAGUGUCAGGGGAGCUCUGUCUUAACCAAUCCAAAACACCAGAUCACAAAUACCUCUUUGUUUACAGUUUCUAUACACAACUGAAGGUAAUAAAGGUACUACUGUAAUAGGUGACAAUAUGGUGCUUGAAGGUGGUGAAAAACAUUGCAACUCAUGUGGUGCUACUACUCGAAACAAGAUCAUGGGGUCACGUUUUGUACCAUCGUCAGGGAAAACGAACGACUGAAACCUUAAAAAAAAAAAAAAGGUCUGCCACAUCUCAUUUUAUAUCUUUUACAGCCUUUUUGUACAAUAUUCUCUGGUGCUCUUUUCAAAAAAAGAAAAAACACACGCCUGCUUUCUUCAGUAUGCCUGCAAUCCGAAUGCAUGAAACCAGCCACAUGGGCGGUGAUGUUUUUGUCAUCCAUACUUUGAAAUCAAAGGCUGUGGUGAGCUACUUUUUUUCUAGUGUCACACAGGCCAGAAUCAUUACUGUACAACUCUUAGCGCGCGUGGCGGCCGCAGGAAGGAUGGCGUCGGUCGUUUUGUCAUUUUGCCGGCCAGGUGAAUCAGCCUUCAACUGCGGCGUCCGCAGGCUAUUCUCAGUCAGGUGCAAAACUAUAAAGGUGCGGCUUCACAAUGUUCUUCUACCUUUUAAUAGCAAUUUUUUUGUGCUGUGUUACCAACAAUAUCGAGCACUUUUGUAUAUGUAUACUUCUUUAUUUCUUUGAUAUUUUUUUAAAUCUUUCUCCUUGAUUCUUGUGAAUUGUUCUUUUUUUUCAGUUAUGUUUAAUGAUGUGAAACUCUUGCCGUUAUAUAAGGUAAUACUUUGUUGUGUACAGUAGGGCUGUGCCAAUAGAUGUGAACGAAUGAGCUAGGAUAGAAUAAAUCCAUCUGUCGUGCCGGUGGUGAAGGGGCCGAAUUCCAGUAGCACCCCUCUCAUGUUUCCAUGUGCUACAUGAGAUACAGUAUAGUGUCUGCUCACGGUUUUUACCGCUGUAUAAUCCCAAAGUGAGUGUGUUAAGUAUCCCUGUAGGAAAAGUAGUUGGAUGGGGUUAAAUACGUCUGGUCCCUAGCGUAGAUCUGAAAACAUUAUUAUGUUUGCCAAUGGUGAAUGUUGACCAUGUCAAUAAUUUAGUUAUCACGCAAGCUAUAUAGGCUAAAUUUGUGAAUCUGGUUAGAAACGGUCGGGCUCUAAUGAAAUCCUUGUUAGGCGCUUUUUUUAAAUUUAAGGCAUUGCACUGCUUACAUACCUUAACAUUUGUCACGUUCAGCAAAGUUGCUUUUAUUAUGUUCCCAAUUUUAUCAACGCCCAGAUUUGUUUCUUUUUGUACAUUUUGUACAUAGAAAUUGUCUGUUGCUUUUUUUAAUGACCUGUGAGAUGUACAAAUAUAAUUCUUUGCUAAUAUAUAUCAUAGAAUCAAAACAGCACUCAAAUCGCAAGAGGGGGGUAAUUGACAAAAUGGCAACAGGCUAAUUGACAUAAGCUAUAAAGCAGCAGGGUGUCUUUUGUAAUUCAUAUUUAUAUGUGUCGAACGGAGGAUCAAACUAAAGAAUGAGUUCGCUAAGUGAUUUUAACAGUCCCAUCUUUACUGCACAGCCCUACAUACAAAAGUGUGUUUCGAUUUGCUUUUUAAUUCUUGUUUUAAGUACUAAGAGAGGGAUUGUAGGUGUUUCAUAAGGUGCUAAACAUUUUAUCUAAUUGAGAAAAAUAUAUUAUUUGGAAAAUAAAUAAACCUGUCUUGAUAAUGACUGUUUUUUUUUUUUCUCUCGAUUGUUUCUUGUAGUAUUGGAGAAGCACUAUUAUUUUACUCUCUCAUAUAAAGAUAUUAACAAAGGCAUUUUAACUUUGUACUUGAAAAAAAUAAUGAUAAAUGAUGAAAGAUUCUUAUAUUGUUUUAGAAUAGACAUUGCUGUAGUUGGUGCUUAUCUGUGGGAAAUCAUGUACUCAUAAUGGGAAAU